AUGUCUCUCGACCAGGCGACCUCUCAUAGCUCGGCCAUGUUGACCAGUGAGGGGGCGCACAGCAUGGAGCAGGACGACUCGCAGCGCGGACCCAAGAUGGCCUCCGCCGCCACCGCAGCCUCCGGCGCCGGCUCCAGCUCCGACGGAGCAGAGACCAUGACAGACACAGACGUGGACAUGGAGAUGGAGGAGGCAGACAUGACUCGGUGGACGGAGACAGAGUUUGACGAGAAGUGCACGUACAUCGUAAAAGACACGGCGUGGGAGGCGGGGCCAGACGGUGACGCCAUGAUGACCACGACAACCAGAGCCGAGGCUUCUCUGCCCCGGAACCUGGCCUUCAAACACCCAGCUGACGGCAAGGAGGUGGUCGGCGUGUGCAGCAGGGAGUACAUCCCCAAAGGAACUCGCUUCGGCCCCCUGGUGGGAGAAAUCUACACAGCUGACAGUGUUCCCCGAGACGCCAACCGGAAGUACUUCUGGAGAAUCUACGCAGAGCGGGAGUUCCAUCACUUCGUGGACGGCCUGGACGAGACGCGCUCUAAUUGGAUGCGCUACGUUAACCCCGCCCACUCGGCGGCGGAGCAGAAUCUGGCGGCGUGUCAGAACGGCAUGGAGAUUUAUUUCUACACGGUGAAGCCCAUCCUCGCCGGCGCCGAGCUGCUGGUGUGGUACUGCCACGACUUCGCCCGGCGCCUCAACUACCCCCCGUCCGGGGAACUGAUGAUGCAGAAACUCAAGCAAUCUCUCCUGGAGGUCAAGCAGCAGCAGGUGAGCAGUGACGAGCGUUUGGUCGGAGCCUCCAGUCCGACCCCCGUCGCAGUGACGCCCGCCCCCCCCAAGAGGGAGCACAGCGUCCUGUCCAUCCUGCGCGGCACCAACAGCACCUCGGCCUCCUCGUCCGCCAAGAGGGAGCCCAGCCGGCCGCUGCCCACCCGCCCGAGCUGUGCCGACAGCCCCGAGCGCCCCCUGUACCCCCGCGCCCUCUACCCGGCUUUCAGGGGCCACCCUCACCUCCCUGAAGACUUCCUGAGCCACAAACCUGGCCAGCCGGGGUACCCUGCAACUCGCUCCCCUGGCAUGCACUCCUCUGCGACCCCCAGCCCGUCGGCGAGGAGCAGCCCGGACAGCAGCCCUCAGGGGAGUCCCUCCGGUGCGGUGCCUUCACCAGCUUCCUUCUACCACGGUGGACCGGGCUCCUACCCUGGUUACUCCCCACCUUCAGCCCCGCUCUCCUCACCCUUUUACCCUCCAGGAACCCCCUUCCCACGAUACCUCCUGCCCCAUCACUACCCUCUGUCCGGCGGUGGUGUCCCCACAGUGGGAGGGAUCCUCCCCCGGAUGUACUCCCUCUACAGCAGCCUCCUGCCCACCCAUGUGCCCCUCCUGCCCUCCGACGCAGCAGGGAGGCGCUUCCUGAUGCACGACCCCAUCCACCCCUCCUCCCUUUCUGCACACAGAGACUUCCUCCUCCCCGGGCCCACCAGUGCCUUCUCAGCCGCCACCUCUCUGAAGGACAAAGCAGCGCCCCACCACCCUUACCCCGGGCACCCUCACCUACACGAACCGGCCCGCGCCCCCUCCAGCGGCUCCCCGACAGCAGGCACGGCGCCCCCCAGCGAGCGGGUGCCUACCAAGCCUACCUCAGCCCUGCUGGCCAGCGCCAGUGAGCUUUGCCACGACGAGGAGGCCAUGAACUUGACCAAAAUGAAGCGAGGUGUUGGCUCAGCCGGCUACAAGGCGCUGCCCUACCCGCUGAAGAAGCAGAACGGCAAAAUCAAGUACGAGUGCAACGUGUGCAGCAAGACUUUUGGACAGCUGUCAAACCUGAAGGUUCAUCUUCGUGUCCACAGCGGCGAGCGACCCUUCAAGUGUCAGACCUGUAACAAAGGCUUCACGCAGCUGGCUCACCUGCAGAAGCACUUCCUGGUCCACACCGGGGAGAAGCCGCAUGAGUGCCAGGUUUGUCACAAGCGCUUCAGCAGCACCAGCAACCUGAAGACUCACCUCCGCCUCCACUCGGGGGAGAAGCCCUACCACUGCAAACUCUGCCCGGCCAAGUUCACCCAGUUCGUCCACCUCAAGCUGCACAAGCGCCUGCACUCCCGCGACCGGCCACACAAGUGCCCCCACUGCCACCGCCACUACAUCCACCUGUGCAGCCUGCGACUGCACCUGAAGGGCUACUGCCUGGCCGUGGGCUCCGGCGCCGGCAGUCCAGCCGUGUCCAGCCAGGCCGCCCUGGAGGAGGUGCAUCGCGCUAACGAGGAGAUCGAGCGCUUUGACAUCAGCGAGCACGCCGAGCAGCUGGAGCUGCUGCAGGGUGGCGUGGAGGUGGAGGCCCUGCUGGAGAAGCAGGUCCUGGGGAUGCCGUGGGGGGAGAGCGACCUCAAGUCCUCCCACUUCCAUCCCCGUCACAAGGGCGACGCCGGCGAGCUUCAGUCAGCGGGUUUCGGUUCCUACGAGUCCCCGAACGAGACGUCGGUCAUCAAGAUCCGGCGCAGCAGCCCCGUCCUGCCACUUCCUGCCCACGUCACCGUGAAGCAGGAGUCGGAGGAUCACGCUUAAAUGGGCUGUGACGCCAUCGGACACGGAGCAGAGACUGCGUGGCUCAAAGCUGUAAAUACUUAAACCUCGACCUGGUUGUCGACGGGAGUGACAUCACGACCACGCCGGGUUUUCAACCUAUCAGGGACUCUUGUACUCAGGGCUACAACAGACACUGUCCCAUGACUACUUCGCAGUUUCAGCGUUUAUUAAACUGAGAGACAAUCAACUACCCAGGACUUAAUGUAAUUAAUAUAAUGCUAUUAUCAUUAUUGUUGUCGUAUCGUUUUGGUCUUUAUUUUCAAAUGUCUUUGUUUUUUUUGGGAUUAAUUAGUUGUUGUAUAACCUCCUUAAUUUAUUAUAGCUACUUUAGUUGUCUUUAAAAGCAAUAAGUGGAAUGAAUGGUUACACUGACAGGGUGAAGUCGAUGUAAAAGACUGUUUCUGUUGAUUCUGUUUCUCUCUGUGGCCAUUUCUCUGUGGAGAGUCUCUCUCUCUACGCCUCCCUCUGUCCGGCGGCCACUCUUCAGGGUUUUAUCUAUUUAAAUUUAAAAACCACUAUAGCAGGUUAAAAAGGGUUUGAAAAAAACUUGCCAAAGAAUGGCACAUGAAUUUGUUAAUUUAGCAACAAGAGCUUCCUUCAGCCCCCAGCUGCCCUCAAGUGUGACUGCGUCUGACGCCGACUUCAUUACAUGAAACAGGAAAAGGGCAUUUUUGUAUAUUUUUCACAACAGUUACCUCAGUGUGCAUGUGACGAUAUGAGUGUGUGUGUGUGUGUGUGUGUUUUAAGGGACAGCUGAAGGUGGGAGCUUUCUAUUUAUUUGCUUUCUUUGCUACUUGAAGAAGAAGAAGAAGAAGAAGAAGAAGGAGAAGAAGAAGAAACCAAACUGAAGUGCAGCUCUUGGUGUGGUCCAAAGGAGCGGCGCCGCCCGCUCAACAUGUAGCACAUAACGGACUCGGGAGGGCCCCCCUCCCCCCUCCCUUCUCCUCCUCUACCUUUUAUUUUUUUAACAACACUGUCAAACGUCCUCAGAUUUCUGGAUUCGCUCUUGACGCUAGUAACCAAAGUUGACUUUGAUUUCAAAUGCACACUAAAAAAAUAAAAAAUAAAAAAAACAAAGAAGGGAAGGAGGAAGACGAGGAGACGCUGAAGAAGGGAAGAUGAACUUUGUGUAUAUGAAGUGUUUUGUUCUUAUUUUUGUUCUUUUGUUAAUAUUUCAGUUGAGAAGCAAUGCCCCCCCGCCCCCUCUCUUUGACCCCACCUGUCCGCCAUCUUGUUAAUGAACUGGCAAACACCAAAGCACCUCGGCCCUCUUUGAUGCACUGCCCCCCCCCCCUCUUACUUUAUAACUUCAGGCUUGCACCGUUUACACUGUGUUCGUGAUAUUUAUGGUAUUAAGACUUAAAACUUAAUACUUCUACAGCAGCUGCACAUCAACCUGAGCAGCUGUCUCUCUUUCCUCCGUUCGACCAAAGCGUCUCUCUCUCUCUCUCUCUCUCCCUCUCUCUCUCUCGGACCAGAGCUUUAACUCCCUAAAGGACUGUCUCUCUGUUUACAUUCUGGUUUACAUAGUUAUUUAUGUGCAAAAAUGUCAAAAAAGUGUAAAUUAUGAUAUAAAU